AAUGUGAGAACUUAGUUUCCUUUCAACAGCGGCAGAGGGAAAGUGAGAAGCAACACCACCCACCAAGUUUAUCGACAAUUGUCAAAGAAGACUGUCAAGUGAACAAACGAGUUCGACAAGAUUUCAUUGUCCUGAUAACCGAUAGAGAAAGUGCGUGUUGGUCUCGUCAAUUGGAGGACUGCCGAAGCCGCGUCUAUCAAUAUGGUUUACAACUUCAAAGUCUUCAAGAAGUGUUCGCCAAAUGGCAAGGUCACGAUCUACAUGGGUAAACGUGACUUCGUUGACCACGUGUCGGGAGUGGAACCAAUAGACGGUAUCGUCGUUCUCGACGACGAGUAUGUUCGUGACCGCCGCAGAGUAUUUGGACAAAUUGUCUGCUGCUUCCGCUAUGGACGCGAGGAGGACGAAGUCAUGGGGCUGAACUUCCAAAAGGAACUUUAUCUGGCAUCGGAGCAAAUUUACCCACAGCCAGAGAAAUCUGGCAAGGAGCAAACCAAACUGCAGGAUCGUCUGUUGAAGAAACUCGGCCCGAACGCAUUCCCCUUCACGUUCAAUAUUGCUCCGACGGCACCGUCAUCGGUUACUUUGCAGCAGGGUAACACCGAUCAGGGUGAACCAUGUGGUGUUUCAUACUACGUCAAGAUCUUCACCGGUGAGAACGAUACUGAUCGUACACAUCGCCGCAGCACGGUCUCCUUGGGAAUCCGUAAGAUCCAAUUCGCUCCGUCGAAACAGGGACAGCAACCGUGUACCGUUGUACGCAAGGAUUUCAUGCUGAGCCCUGGAGAGCUCGAGCUUGAAGUAACUCUGGACAAGCAGUUGUAUUUACAUGGCGAGCGAAUCGGUGUUAAUCUAUGCAUCAGAAAUAACUCCAACAAGGUGGUCAAGAAAUUGAAGGCAAUGAUCCAACAAGGUGUCGAUGUGGUACUGUUCCAGAAUGGAAGUUAUCGUAACACCGUUGCUCACAUUGAAACUAGCGAGGGAUGCCCAAUUCAACCUGGAUCCUGUCUGCAGAAGGUGAUGUACUUGACACCAUUAUUAAGCUCCAACAAAGAUAAACGUGGAAUUGCUUUGGAUGGACAAAUCAAGCACCAAGAACAGUGUCUGGCUUCGACGACUUUGUUGGCUCAACCUGAUCAACGUGAUGCCUUUGGUGUGAUCAUUUCCUAUGCUGUCAAAGUUAAACUAUUCCUCGGAGCCCUCGGCGGAGAGCUAUCGGCUGAACUACCGUUUGUUCUUAUGAAUCCUAAGCCGGGAAGCAAGGCUAAAACUAUUUACCACGCCGACAGUCAAGCGGACGUAGAAACUUUCCGCCAGGAUACCAUCGAUCAACAGUCGGUUGAUUUCGACUAAUUGCGACUAAUUGAUAUGGACUACUCAGGUUGGAAGAGAAUAAAUCUCCGAUCACUGAAUUGUUUGAUACGACAAAAAAGUAAUUCUUAUUACAAUACAAGUUUUUAAUUCGCAUCUUCAUGUUACAAAACUAAAUUGAUGUGUUUUUUUAUUAAUACAGUUUGAUUGUCAAAAGUUGCUUCAAUUAAUAAACAGAAGAUGCCUACAAAAAGUGAUAUAACAAUAUUUAAGGGAAAAAGUAAAAAUGUUACAAAAAUAAAUAAUUUAAAUUGGAAACGAUGGCAAUCGAAAA